UAAACUAAACCUUUAAAAAUCCUGCGGGGAAAAGUUUGUAAUUUUGAAUAUACUAUAGCCCAGAUCUGGUAUGUAUUACCUAAUUAGCACUAAAUCAUGUCCCUCUAAAUGUUUUUGAUAUUAAUGUGGGAAUAUAAACUCAAGAUGGCAGUUAUUUAAAGUCUAAGAAAGCUCUUCUCUUUUAGAUAAAUUUGGAAUUGGAAAGAGAAAGAGAGAGAGAGAGCCCUGUUUAUGCAGUUUGUGGUUUCUAAGCAUGUGACAGACUAGGUUUUCUUAACUUUGCCCAUCACUUGUGCACAGAUGGCAAGCAGCACAGAGAUGGCACUCUUUGAUGUUACAAUGAGCUCGGCAAGUGAUUCUGGCACUGACAACUACAACCAUGAUCAUGAUUUAAAGCUCAACUCAACAGAUGAAUCUUACUACUAUGGCCCUUUCGAAAACGAACCGCUGCCCAUGUCCCAUGUCUACAUCCCUGUGCUGUACUACAUUAUGUUCUUUGUUGGCUUCUCAGGGAACCUGUUUGUCAUUUUGGUCAUAGGCAGUCGUCAUAAGAGAAACGGUCGUCUCGUGGACACCUUUGUACUGAACCUGGCAAUUGCUGAUCUUGUGUUUGUCCUCACAUUGCCACUUUGGGCUGUCGCGGCUGGUCGUCUUGAGUGGCCCUUCGGCGAGGCCCUGUGCAAGAUUAGCAGCUUCAUCAUUGCAGUCAACCGCUUUUCCAACAUCUUCUUCCUCACUUGCAUGAGCGUGGACCGCUACCUGGCUGUAGUGCGCCUGAUGGACUCUCAGUUCCUCCGGAGCAGCAACUGUGCACAAAUAACCUGCGGCAUUGUGUGGACUGUUUCGUUUCUCCUUGGAAUGCCAUCGUUGGUGUACCGUGGGAUGGACGUCACAGUGUGUUCUGAAGAUUCCAAAUCCUCUUUUGUUCAAGGAAUGAAUCUUCUGACAAUAUUUCUAACAUUUCUUCUACCCAUUCUGAUUCUUGGCCUCUGUUAUGGAUCAAUUUUGGUAAACCUGCGCCGGCAUUGUCACGCUGCAGAAAACUCUCGUGCAGGAGCCAGACGGCGAAACUCUCUCAAGAUUGUAUUCACUAUCAUUUCAAUAUUUCUAAUCUCCUGGCUUCCUUUCAAUGUGUUCAAGAGCAUCCAAGUAAUCUUACGUAUAAGCAGAGGAGAGCUGAAUGAUGAGACAAUAAUGCACAUUUAUAGUGGACUCACACUGUCCUGCUGCCUGGCAUUUCUCAACAGUUGUGUAAAUCCAGCCAUCUACUUGUUCCUGGAUCAGCAUUUCAGGCGCAAAGCCUAUGUUCUGUGUCUUACCUGCCUGGGUCAAGGAGACACACACCAGAGCUACAUCUCAUCUCAUUCUUUUUCUAACGGCACCUCUGAGACCUACCCUGGAAAUACGUCUAGCCAUGGACGCCUUUUCUCACUUACUCAGAAGGAGUGAAUUCUUUCAUGAAUUCUUUCAAGAAUACUUUCAAGAAAGCUUGCUCUCUCUAUAAUUGAAAUUAUUAAAUGAAACUAACACAUAUACAAGAUUAUAUUUAACUUUAAACAGAUUUGUUAUGGCAACGUUAAAAUGAGAUAUUAACAUGCAUUAAUUAAUCAUAGCAUUGCAUUAAUUAACCAUAGUGCAUUUAAUGAGAAUGUUGCAUGUAUUUUUAGAUACUUUUGAGCAAAGCUCCAUGCAUUUCUAUACUUGAUUUCUUGUUUUUUUUAUAUAUAUAUAUAUAUAUAAUAGACUAUUUGAAUAGACUUGUUGAAACAUUAAUUUAGUGAACAAGAUCAUUUUAAAUAAAUUGCUUGGAAAUAUUUGCAUGUAUGCAAAGUAAUCACAAUCAUAUUGUAUAAUAAAGAAAGCACCAAAAAUCGACAUGGUCAUUAUAAAUAGCAGUUUAGUGCCGAUUAUGAAUAUGCAUUAUUUAUUAAGUUUAUACAUAUAAUGCAGACAACAUUAAAAUGAAUGGCUUCCUUUUGUUGUAUUUACUUGUGUAUGUAUUCUAAAUAAUAAAAAAUUCCAAGCCUCUUUUGAUUUUCUUUUC